AGUCACUUUGGGCGCAAUCUGAGGGCAUUACAUACUCUGAGGGCUACUGAGGGCACAUUCAAGUACGGUACCAGAGAACUAGAGGCGUUUUACGUCUGAUCUGUUUUCUCUCUAGGGUAUUUUUUUUUUUCUUUGGGAAAAAAAAAAGCGGAAAAUUUUCUCUACCCCCUCCCGCCAUUCCCAUCUUAUCCACUUUCUCCCCCAAAAAAAUUUUCACCCCCCCCCCUUUCUCUAGAGAACAUAAGGUUAACUUCCUAGAAUCUCCAGUUCUUAUCCUUUCUAUUCUGCAUCAAUUCCCCUCCUUUCCCACUAAACGAUCGCAUCCACAAUGGCCAAGGAAAAACCCACCGCAAGGCCUAGCGCCAAUGGAAAGACAAACAGGAAGGAUGUUUUGAAGUCAGUCAAGUUGGCCGCCGUGGCCAAAAAAUCCACCAAACCCACCGAUCCGAAGGAAUUUGCCCAAGGGGCUGUUGCCGUACUCUCGAGUAACAGGAAAGCGACUGAGCUGAAAAAACCCGCUCGGUCUAAGAAGGUUACCGAGCUAAACAAGUCCACUCAAGCUAAGAAGGUUACCGAACCUAAGAGGAAAGCCAAGGCCCCCACCCCAUCGUCCUCUGAGUCUGAAGAUAGUUCUGAAUCUGAGCCUGGUUCUGGAUCCGGUGAUAGCGAAUCCGAGUCCGAAUCCGAGGUUCAGCUUAGGAAGCCUGUUAAAAAGACCGAAGUCAAGAAGGCUGAGGUGGCGGGUGUCAAGAAGCCUGAGACCAAAAAAAUUGUCACUAAGAAACCUGAACUAGAGAAGGCCAUCGCAAAUGACUCUUCUAGUUCUGGGUCCGAUGCAUCACAUAGCGAUAGCGAUAGCGACGGUGACGGCGAUAGUGAGAGCGAUAGCAAUAGCGAUUCUGGAAAAGAAGCGCCAAAGGCUAAAGCUGCAACGAAAAAGGCCAUGCCCGCUCCUAGCUCUGAUAGCGAUUCUGAUUCCUCCUCCGACCCUGAUUCCGACGAAGAGGAAGCAGCUGUUUCCAAGAAGGCCACUCCUGUUAAGGUUGUCAAUGGCGCUAAGAAGACUGCGAAGGUAUGAAUAUUCACGAUAUUGAUAUCAAAAUAUGUGACUAACUUACGACAGGUGGCCGAGUCAUCGUCUGAAUCCGAGAGCGACUCCGACUCCUCGUCCGAUUCUGAUUCCGAUUCUGAUGCCAGGGUUAAGUCUAUCAGGAAUGCUGGCUCUGAUUCAGAAUCAUCCGACUCCUCUGAUUCCGAAUCAGAUGCGAAGGUUAAGUCUACUAAGAAGGCUGGCGCUGAUUCUGAUUCAUCGUCCGAGUCUGGUUCAGAUUCUUCCGAUUCAGAUUCCGACCAAGCAGGAUCUGACUCCAAGAAGCGCAAAGCUGCCAUUGAGGCCGAGCCUACUCCAAAGAAGGCUAAAACUGGGUCUUCCACUGAACAGGGUUCCAAGAAUCUUUUUAUUGGAUCAUUGUCAUGGAACGUUGAUGAGGAUUGGUUGAGGAGCGAAUUCGAGCAAUUCGGUGAGAUCGCCGCCGUGCGCGUCGUCUCUGAUCGUGAGAGUGGCCGUUCUAGAGGGUACGUUUUGACCUACUCAUUCAUUUCAUUUAUCUAUCAUCCAUUCCUAUUCUAACUCUCCGCAGGUUUGGGUAUGUCGAAUAUACUACCCAUGAAGCUGCUAAAAAGGCCCUUGAGGAGAUGAAGGGCAAAGAUGUAGAUGGCCGCACCAUCAACGUUGACUUCUCUACCCCUCGCCCGGAGAACCCUCGUCAAGACCGUUCCAAGUCGUAUGGCGACCAAAGGAGCGCCGAGUCUGACACCGUGUUUGUUGCCAACUUGAGUUUCGAGGCCGACGAGCAGAUCGUUCAAACUGAGUUUGAAGGAUUUGGAAACAUUGUUGGAUUGAGAAUUCCAACAGAUAUGUGAGUUUACUGUGCAUAUAUAUGGGCUCUGCAAAUACUAAUAUUGGUUUCUUUAGCGAAUCUGGUCAACCUAAGGGUUUUUGCUAUAUCCAGUAUGACAGUAUUCAUUCUGCUCGUAAAGCUGUUGAAGAAAUGAAUGGUACUCUCGUUGCUGGUAGAGCCAUUCGCACUGAUUUCUCUACUCCUCGUGAUCCGAGCGCUAGCGGUGGCCGCAGUGGUCGUGGCGGGUUUAGUGACCGCGGUGGGCGUGAUGGCGGCCGUGGCCGCGGUGGUCGCGGCGGUCGUGGUGGUGCCCGUGGUGGUGCCCGUGGUGGUGGCCGUGGCGGUGGCCGCGGCGGGAGAGGGGGGUUCCAAUCCCAAAACCGCGGUGGCUUUGGAGACUUUCAAGGGAAGAAGCAGAAGUUUGAAUAA